AUGUUGACUCUAGCCCGCUCGUCCGCCUUGAGGAACAGCUUCCGUCACUUGACAUCAGCACGCGCCGCACAGACUCUCAUCAUGGCCCCAGCUAAGCGAGCCAACAGUUCCUCUGCCUCAGGCUACGUCGAGGAUAAGUCCAAGGGCCCAAUGCUUAGGUGGCAGGACUCCCUCCCUCGUUUGCCUGUGCCAUCGCUCGAUGAGACCGCCCGACGUUAUCUCAAGUCCCUUCAUCCGCUCCUUACACCCGCCGAGUACGAGAACAGCAAGAAGGCUGUCGAGGAGUUUGUGCGUCCUGGCGGUGUCGGCUCAAAGCUCCAAGACAAGCUCGUCGCCCAUCGCGAGGACCCCAAGACCAAGAACUGGAUCUACGAGUGGUGGAAUGAUGCGGCCUACCUGUCUUAUCGCGACCCGGUUGUUCCCUAUGUCAGCUACUUCUAUUCCCACCGCGACGAUCGACGCAGACGAGAUCCUGCAAAGCGCGCCGCUGCCAUCACCACCUCAGUUCUUGAGUUCAAGAAGCAGGUCGAUGCUGGCACCCUCGAGCCCGAGUACAUGAAGAAGCUCCCCAUCUGCAUGGAUAGUUACAAGUGGAUGUUUAACGCUUCCCGUGUCGCUGCCAAGCCUGCCGACUACCCCGUCAAGUUCUCUGCCGAGGAGAACAAGCACAUCAUUGCUAUUCGCAAGAACCAGUUCUUCAAGAUCCAGCACGAGGUUAACGGCCAACAGCUCAACACCUCGGAGCUUGAACAGCAGUUCAAGCACGUUUACGAGGUUGCUCGACGCGUCCCAGCUGUCGGCGCUCUCACCUCGGAGAACCGAGAUAUCUGGACUGAUGCGCGCAACAUCUUGCUGCAGGCCAGCCCCAACAACAAGGCCGCUCUUGAGGCUAUCGAGUCAGCCUCUUUCGUCGUGUGUCUGGACGAUGCCUCCCCCGUUACUCUUGAGGAGCGCGCUCACCAAUACUGGCACGGUGAUGGUGCUAACCGAUGGUAUGACAAGCCCCUGCAGUUCAUUGUCAAUGACAACGGCACCUCUGGUUUCAUGGGCGAGCACUCAAUGAUGGACGGAACUCCUACUCACCGCCUGAACGACUACGUCAACGACCUCAUCUUUGGCAACAAGCUCGACUACUCCAACCCUAGUGUCCGAUCCAACUUGCCCGACCCUCAACUCGUCAAGUUCGAGAUCAACAAUGAAGUCCAGGCCGAAAUUGACCGGGCGACCAAGGAUUUCAACGAAGUCAUCGGCAAGCACCAGCUUGCCGUCCAGGCCUACCAGGGCUAUGGAAAGGGCCUCAUCAAGAAGUUCAAGUGCUCCCCCGACGCCUAUGUCCAAAUGAUCAUCCAGCUUGCCUACUUCAAGAUGUACGGCAAGAACCGCCCUACCUACGAGUCUGCUGCCACACGCCGCUUCCAGCUCGGUCGUACCGAGACAUGCCGAACUGUCUCGGAUGAAUCGACGGCUUGGUGCAAGGCCAUGGAAGAUGCUUCAGUUGAUGAGAAGUCCCGUGUCGACCUAUUCCGCAAGGCCAUCAACGCCCACCUCGAGUAUAUCUCCGCCGCUUCAGACGGUAAGGGUGUUGAUAGACACCUCUUUGGCCUCAAGAAGCUUCUUGAGCCCGGCCAGGAGGUCCCUGCUAUCUACAAGGACCCUGCCUAUGCUUACUCCAGCUCAUGGCAUCUGUCCACUUCUCAGCUGAGCUCUGAGUUCUUCAACGGCUACGGAUGGAGCCAGGUCAUCGAUGCCGGCUUUGGCAUUGCGUACAUGAUCAAUGAGAACAGCCUUAACUUCAACGUUGUCUCCAAGGGUCUGGGCAGUGACCGCAUGAGCCACUACUUGAACGAGGCUGCCAACGAUAUGCGCGAACUGCUCACACCCACUCUUGAGCCUCCCAAGGCUAAGCUAUAUGGUAUCGGGCUGAGAAGGAGUGGCGUUCUCACCUGA